CACUGAGGCGAGACUCCCAUUGUUCUUUCCACAUGUCCCCAGACUUGUCCGAGAGCUCCCAGGUGAUCAGUGAACAAGGGCUGGAACUGGACAGUGUGACACUUCAGAUGCACUCUCAUGCUCUGUGAUACGUGCAGGUAUCUCUUGCCCCUGCAUAUGUGGGCGUCUGAAAGUGCCGCUGUCAAACACUCUCAGGCAUGGAGACCUCUUCGAUGCUUUCGUCGCUGAAUGAUGAGUUUAAGCCUGACAACUACAUCGAGCCUCACUACAAGGAGGGGUACCGAGUAGCCGUUGACACUCUGAUCGAACAUGGAUUAGAAGCGUACCAAGAAUUUCUUGCCAAAGAACGAGUUUCAGAUUUUUUAGCUGAGGAAGAAAUUAAUUAUAUCCUGAAAAAUGCCCAGAAGCCCGCACAGAGCACUGCACAUGGAAAUGAUAACACCUGCGAUGACAACUCGUCCUCCGGGACAUACUGGCCUCUCGAGUCUGACGUGGAAGCUCCCAAUCUUGAUCUGGGCUGGCCGUAUGUGAUGCCCGGGCUCCUGGGGGGCACCCACAUAGACCUCCUCUUCCACCCCCCCAGAGCGCAGCUGCUAACUAUAAAGGAAACUAUUCGGAAGAUGAUCAAGGAAGCAAGAAAGGUCAUUGCUUUAGUUAUGGACAUAUUUACAGAUGUGGACAUUUUCAAAGAAAUAGUGGAGGCCUCCACUCGAGGGGUAUCUGUGUACAUUUUACUUGAUGAGUUCAACUUUAAUCACUUUUUCAGCAUGACUGAAAAACAGGGUUGUCAAAUUCAACGUCUCAGGAACAUUCGAGUUCGGACAGUGAGAGGCCAAGAUUAUCUUUCAAAAUCGGGAACAAAAUUCCAUGGGAAAAUGGAACAGAAAUUUUUGUUAGUUGACUGCCAGAAAGUCAUAUACGGUUCCUACAGUUACAUGUGGUCAUUUGAGAAAGCUCACCUCAGCAUGGUUCAGGUAAUCACGGGCCACCUUGUUGAGUCCUUCGACGAGGAAUUCAGAACUCUCUACGCCAGGUCCUGUGUCCCCAGCCCUUUUGCCCAGGAAGAGCUGGCGAGGGCAAAGCAAGGCCACGCGCUCUGGGAGAACGGCGUGUAUCAGCGCUCAGUUUCUUCCUUAGCCUCCAUUUCCAGCCAAAGAAACCUUUUUGGUAGACAAGACAAAAUUCAUAACCUGGAUUCUAGUUACUUGAAAGGCAGAGGGAUGUAUCCCUUCAACGAGCAUGACAAAUACGGGAUAAGAAAUCAUGGAUACAAACCUCAUUUUGUGCCAAACUUCAAUGGUCCAAUGCGACAGUUUCAACCCAGUCAGAUAAAUGAAAAUUGGAAAAGGCAUAGUUAUGCUGGGGAACAGCCGGAAACUACGCCGUACCUGUUGCUUAACAGGGCUCUGAAUCGAGCCAGUAACCCACCUGGGAGUUGGAGGAGGCCUUCAGAUAGUCUCAGCGUGGCGUCUUCAUCUCGAGGGGGCUACACAGGCCUCCACAGCACAGCUGCCCAGAGUUUUGCGGACCGGCUUGCCCAGAGAAAAACAACAAACCUCCCCGAAAGGAAUUCUAAUGUGCGUAGGUCUUUCAAUGGGACAGACAAUCACAUUCGCUUUUUGCAGCAGCGAAUGCCGACCCUUGAGCGCACCACGAAGUCCUUCCUGCGCAGCCGGAGGAUCGAGUCCUACUUAAAUGAUAACUCAGAAGCUGUGCUUGAUGCGAACGGCUCGGCCUCGGGUGAGCGAGGGGAAGGCUGUGAGAGCCCCGAGAAUCUGAAAGCCAGUGCCCUUUACUCCCACUCUCGCCUUCGUUCCUCUUUUGCAUUUAAACCAACUUUACCUGAGCAGCAAGAAGUUAACAGCUGUACAACUGACUCCUCAAACUCAACCAUCAUUGGUUCCCAGGGAAGCGACACGCCUAAGCAGGCCCCAGACACCCCUGCAGACGCACAGCAUCUGACACGAAAAGCUCUGCCUGAAUCAGCCCCUGCGAUUGCGACACAGUCAGAGGCACCAAAACCACAUAUGCUCCAGGCUCCCGAGCACCAGUUACCAGUUCUCAACCAAGCAGCGGCGAGCCGCACAGAAGCAAACCACUGUGUGCAUGCAGUCCUGGGUGUGAGUACACAGACAGAAAAGCUCCAGGGUCAACAGCAUGAGAAUCUGCUCAAAAGACGAAGUUUUCCAUCCUUUGACCCCUCAAAAUCCAACUUAGAUCAUGGAAACAGUAAGAAUUAUGUAUAUAGCACACUCAUGAGGAAUCGAGUUAGACAACCAGAAAAACCCAAAGAGGAUUUGCUGAAAAGUUCUAAAAGUAUGCACAAUGUGACCCAAAACAUAGAAGAGGAGGACGAGGAGGAGGAGGACGUGAUCAAGAGGGCCCCUCCAGGGGGCAACACCACCAAGUCCAUUUCCAUUGCUGCUUUACUUGAUGUGAAUAAAGAGGAGGCUAACAAGGAACUCACUGCAAAGAAAGAUGUCAAGGGGUCUCCAAGCUUUUUGAAAAAGGGAUCGCAGAAGUUAAGGUCCUUGCUUAGCCUUACCCCAGAAAAGAAAGAAAAUCUAUCCAAGAAUAAAGCAUCUGCAUUCUAUAGAAUGUGUAGUAGCUCUGAUACAUUAGUUUCUGAGGGGGGAGAGAAUCAAAAGCCAAAGAGAUCAGAACCCAAAGUGGAUUCAUCUCCUAGGAGAAAGCGUUCUUCUUCAUCAAACUCUCAAGGCAGCCUCCACAAGAGUAAGGAAGACAUAGCAACCGGUAGCCCACCUCAGGGUGUCAGUCCUUGCUCAGAUGAAAGUAAUAAAAUGAAACCUUCUCCACGUCCAGCUGAAAGAAAGUUCGUAGAGAAGGGAGGAGAUGCUUCCACCCCGAGAUUUAACACUGAGCAGAUUCAAUACGGAGAUUCGAGGGAGAAUCAUGCAGUUGUUGCUCCUGAAAGAAGAUUAACCUCUUCCCCAAGGCCAAAGCCCGGUGAGCUGCUGAGGUCUCACUCCACAAACCAGCGUGUUUACAGUCGUUUUGAGCCAUUUUGUAAGCUCGAGAGCUCUAUUCCGCCAACAGGCAACAUUCCAAACACCAGCGUAAACCACCCGGAGAGAAAGUCCGCAUCUAUAGGCAACAAUUACGGCAGGUCCAGCCCAAUGCUGAAUUAUAAUGCUGGUGUGUAUCAAGCAUACCAACCUAAUGAAAACAAGUUUCGAGGAUUUAUGCAAAAGUUUGGGAACUUCAUACACAAAAACAAAUGAAAUCCUGUAAUCUCAAGUAGCCAUGUGACUAUUAAUGUUUGCCCAAGGGAUGCUGCAGACGGCUUUGUACCUUGCCAAUAGAUUUCUUAGGUGCAGAACUGUGGUAUGAUGUGUACGUUCUCCAGUGCAGUGCGGUGUGCAGUAAAGUUGUUUUAUGUGAUAAAAUUAGUUACACUUCAUUUCUUAUAGAUGGACUUUCUUUGUAAACACUUUUAGAAAUGGUAAUGGUGAAAUAAAUAGAUGUGGUUAAGCUGCUUUCUGCACACUGAGACUUAAGUAUUUAAUUAGGAACUUUAGUGAAAACACAGUGUAUGAAUUUUAACCAUUCAUUCCAAAGUCCUUCCUCCCAAAGGAGUAUCAUAUUACUAAAAUGAUGCUUUACGAUAUGCGUUUGUGGUAUUUUCACCAUCUCCAAAACUAUAAGAAAAUGGGACAAAGUUUUUAAAUUUGUAACUAAUUUUAAAUUUUACAAGAUAACUUGUUAUAUUUUAUUAACUUUUUCUAUGAAGCAUUGUGCACCUAUUUGGGCAAGAAGGGUAUCGUUUAAGCUACGUAGCUCAGCACUCAGGCAAAGUGAAAGAGUACCGUCCUCCUGUGGCACGGGCACAGACCCAGCCCUCUUCGCUCGUCCUGGAAAAGCCGUCUUGGGCACACUUCUCCCUGGUCUGGGCUCGGGGAGCCUCUGCCUCACUGCCGCACCAGCUGCCCACUGUUUGCAGUUAUUUCCUACUGCAAAUUUAGAGGAAGCAGGAACUUGAAACACAAGGGGUACCUCUGUCCUUUAAGAGACGUAAGCUUCUGCCUAAAGUUUUAUUGUAAAUUAACAUAAAAUGCUGAGGUGUUUUAUUUGCAGAUAGUGUAUGAAAGCGUAGUGUUUUCAUAAGGGUACCCUGGGAAAAAUGAGGAGAAGCUUCGUGUUUCCACGCCUGUACAACCUGGUUGUUUUUCAGGCUUUCUGUAUCUGAAGUUGAUGAUGACAUUCAGAUGGUAAAAUACCCUUUGCCUUAGAGUAAUGAAAUAAAACUUUAUUAUACAUUACAGAGAUUUUAAAUUGGCUUUGAUUCACGCACAAAGUAGAGAACCCGAGAAGCAAUGGAUCCUCUAAGCAGUGCGAGGUGCUUUUACAACACUUUAAAUACAUUACUUAACAUCUUUGCCAUGAGAGGCAGGAAAUUAUAAAACUGUGAGCUGCAGUCCAGUAUUAAUAGCUAUGUCGUUAAAAUAAUUAAAAUGAUGGCAUGACAAUAGCUACCAUUAAAAUACUUUUCUGUGGUAUUAAACCACCAUGGAAAAAGCAUGAGGGAAGAAAAUAUAACAGAGAAAAGGAAGCUUAAAAUUUAUUGAGCACUUAACUAUGGAGCACACAUGAUUUAGGAACUGAAGUCACCAAAGGAAGGUUUUGUGGGUAACGUUAUUCCCAUUGUCUUCAGACAACUGAGGAGAAGACUGAAAUGUUGAGACUCAGGUAGACAGUGUUCCAAGUGCAUAACUAGUAAGUCAUGGCUCUAGAUCACUGUAGCCUUCUGUCACAGGGCCUCCCAGUUGGUCCAGCCCUGCCCUGCCCAGACUGCUAGGAUGAAAGGGCAUUUGCGCUGCUUCCUGACUCAGCAGCAGUCAUUGAGGAGCGUGAGUUGACUCUCACCAGACAGCAGGGACACUCCAGGUUUAAGUUACUCAUCGCGGAUGAGGCUGGGAGAUUGAAUUGGGAUUACAUUCUGCGUGUAACUAACUGUGAAAAUGACAGCCAGAGAAAGGGAGCCGGGAGUGAGUGGUAACUUUGAGCUUCUGAGCUGGAGAAAAGUCUACUCAGUGAGAGUGAAUCUCAAUGUUAACAGCUUUACCUCAUUAAAUGUUUACAAUAACCUUGUGAAGCCAAGAGCUCAGAAGACAAAACUGAGCCUCAGGAAAGUGACCUAACUGUCCCGGAGGUACAUAGCAAUGAAUUAGUGGAAUUGGGUUUGAGCCUGCAUUUCUAACCAUAUACCACACGAUAAAUUGCUGGCUUCUCCUCCACUGUGCUGAAGAACCUGCCUUCAAAGUAACCGUCUCUCUUUGGCUCUUCCUUCCCAGAGACUGCAGGAAUUACAGAUUUCAGAAACAUGCCAGUAACCAUACAGAGCUAGUGCAAAUCCAGAAUAUAUGCUCAGUUUUACAGCAGUCACAAAAGUAAGGAUCAAAGCUCUCAUUAUAACACUGGAAAUCCACCAGCAUAGGAUUGCAUUGUUCUGGGAAAAUGAAUAUAAUCAAUUUAAAAAUUUCCCUAA